CUUAGGGAAACUGUGAUUUAAAAUGCAAACUCCCACACAGCCAGCAAGGAACAAGUAUUCAAACAUAGCUGGAGUUCACGAGCAUAGAAAGAGAGAGAUUCCAACAGUCUGGAUCUGGCACAGGACGCCAAAUCUAACCCCAGAGGCAGAGGUCUUUGCUGGAUGUCUGCACUGCAAGCAAUAUUAGCUUAACGCAACAGAGAAAGACAGGAGGCAACUGAUUUCUGAAAUGGAAAUUGAUUUGAGUUUAAAUCUUAUCACACACAAACUGGAGUUAAACAAAAAACAGUGAUUCUGUUUCUUUCAGGGUUGAGGUAUCUACUUCCACCAGCAGGAUACACCCGCCAGAGCUGGGACAACUAGGAAUAUUGUCAGGAUAGGUGCAACUCUAUGCUGAUGUUAGAGUCCAUGAAGCCUCAUGACUUCAGGACACCAGUUUUCACAAUGGGCCAAUUAAAGAUCCUACUGGUUAUUCUGUAUUUUGCCAACCAGUCCCGGGUAUCUAACACACACUCGAAUACGACCUUGAACAAGCAGAAGAUACCAGUGUUCCUUCCCCAAGAAACAGUGAAGCUAGGCAAACCACGAUUUUCUGCCAAAGCCAGACUGGAGCUGAUGACCCACUGCAAUGCAGAGUGCCUGUGGAGAGAAGCUCACCCAACCUUAGAGGAUUUGAAGGAAAAUCUCUCUUUUGAAACAGUUUACACCAAUGGCACUCGAACCCUUACCAGGGUGGACAUCUCUGGCUUUGACUCCGACUCCCUGCUCUCAGAAAAGUACACCUCACGCCGAUCACGGCGCAAGCGGCAGAUUUUUGGGGUGGACGGCAGAUUUGAUAUUCGUGGAAAAAAUUUCCUGCUCAAUUUUCCAUUUUCUACAACAGUGAAAAUCUCCACUGGUUGCACAGGCAUCCUGGUAUCAGAGAGACACGUGUUAACUGCAGCCCACUGCAUCCACGAUGGGAAGGAUUAUGUCAAAGGAGCAAAAAAGUUAAAGGUUGGGUUUUUAACAGAGAAUCUCAAAACCCAGUUGCCAAAAGAUUCAAAGCAUCCACCAAAAUUCUUGACAAGGUGGUCACGUGUCAAACGCACACAGGUUCCAAGGGGCUGGAUACGUUCUCAGAACCAACUCAGUAUGGACUAUGACUAUGCUCUGCUGGAACUGAAGAGGCCUCAUGACAAGCCAUACAUGGAGCUUACAGUAAUGCCAUCUCCAGCCCAAGUGGCUGGCAAUAGAAUUCACUUUUCUGGAUUUGACAGCGACAGGCCUGGGCAACUGGUGUAUCGAUUUUGCCCAAUCAUCAAUGAGACGCCUCAUCUCAUUUACCAGCACUGUGAUGCCCAGCCAGGUUCCAGUGGUUCUGGUGUGUAUGCUAAGUUGUGGUUGCCAGAGAAACACAACUGGGAAAGGAAAAUUGUUGGAAUAUUUUCAGGCCACCAGUGGGUGGAUCUCAAUGGGGUGCAGCAAGAUUACAACGUGGCAGUCCGCAUCACACCACUGAAGUAUGCACAGAUCUGCUACUGGAUCAAAGGGAAUUACAACGAAUGUCAUUCCAAUUGAAACCCUUAAAAUAUCACAAGGAAAAGCAAGAUGCCCCUUCCAUUUCAAACAGUCAAUACAAAAUUUCAUUCCCUACACAUUGGUUUGUUAAAGAAGUGUUAUACAAGAUCACAGAAGGUUGGGCCUACCCUAAAGGCAUUUCUCAGAGAUGGAGGUUACAGUUGAGGUUGGGGAAUUUUACAUCAAGUCUUGGUAUGUCCAGUUUAAGGUUGCCAAGUUUAAAAGUAAACAUCUUGGGAUAGAGGAA